UCUAACCAAGAGUGGCACUGGUGUCUCUGUGGUGCUCCCCUGUUGCCUUCAGUGUGUUCUCCUCCAACCCUCAACCUGGAGCUGCAUGGCUCCUAACCCAGGCCGUGUGACUUGGCCGCAGUGAUCCUUUUUUUUUUUGUAAAGCACCUAGUUAUUAUCAUUAUUUAUAUUAUUAUUAGUAUUCCUUCCCUAAUUUAACAUCCCAGCCCACCUGCAUCCUCCUCUCUCAUCCCCUUCAGCCAUGCUGUUUUCCCUGAGGGAGUUGGUCCAAUGGCUGGGCUUUGCUACCUUUGAGCUUUUCCUCCACCUAGCAGCCCUGCUAGUCUUCAGUAUGCUGGUGGCAUUGCGGGCCGACAUGUUCACCCCUACCCUGAGCUGGUGGCUGGUGUUCGUCCCGCUGUUUGCUGCAGAUGGCCUCAGCACCUACUUCACUACCAUCGUGUCCAUCCGGCUUUACCAGGAGAACGAGAAGAGGCUGGCAGUGCUGCGGCUGCUGUGGGUGUUGACCGUGCUCAGCCUGAAGCUGGUGUGCGAGGUUCUGCUGUGCCAGAAGCUGGCAGAACAGGACCAGGCCAGAGAGCUCUGGUUCGGACUCAUCAUCUCGCCCCUUUUCAUCCUGCUACAGCUUCUCCUGAUACGAGCUUGUCGCGUCAACUGAGAACAGGCGACAGAUGAUUGUCAGUUUUUUGUCACAAACAAGAUAUCAACCAAUAGAAACGUAAAGCAUAACACUGGUGUGAUUUUGGCUUUUGGCUCAGGGCUGACUUUAGUUCACUGUUGUUUUAAAAAAACAAAAAACAACAGUGACUUUGUUCUGACUCCAGACUUCAGUCUUUCAUCGGUUAUAUUUGUAAUGUCAUUGGAAAAAACAUUUGACGCACACACUGCUUACACGAGUAGUGUCACAUAAAUGGAAACUCAAGCUAUUUAUGCCAUUAUUCAUGCCCAAUAGUCCAAGUAAGAAGUCAAAGAAAGUUGAAUCGGUUCACCUGGACAUUGUUUAUUGACCGAAACGUUUAAUCAUACAAAAGAUGGGCCGUAAUGGCACAUCCUGUUUAUGUAGUUUAUGUAUAUAUAUGUGUAUAUUUAACAUCAUAACUUUCUCACGAUAGUCUGUCUGGUUUAAUACAACAGUGCAUCUGCCUUUGUCUGCCGGAAGGACGAUGAUGUUGUCCUUACUGUCGUGAGAGCUUUCCUCUGGUCUCUACCGAUGUCGGACAGCAGCGCCUUUGUGUUGCUGAGGCAGACUGAAACUUUGGUCCACAGUUGCUCCGCUUCCGCUGUGAUUGCAAACAUUCCCAGAUCCUCUGUGGAUAGUACACAUGGCCGCUGAAACUCUAGUUAAUGCUCACACCCUUAUUUGCAUACGAUACCGAUCGUUGGUUUUGGUCUCUAUGCAGCUGUGUUGUUUAUAAGGGUGGGGGUACCUGCAGGCAGCUGAGACUGAAGAGGUCACUUAGGUGAUGACGAAGCGUUUCUGUCAAGAAACGUUGUGUCCCGAUGAACUGACUCAACCUUUGGCUUCAUAAAUUCAAGAUUGUUCAGUCAUGAGCUUACGGUUAUUACUUCUAUAAUUCAUUUUCAUUUUAUAUGCAGAGAUUGUGCACAUAGUUGUGGCCAUGUGGUGUAGAGAGACUGAAGGGUUUUUUCUUUUUACAUCGUGUGCGUGUCAUCCCUUAACACUACUCGUAAUGUGCGCAGUGUGCAAUGUAUUUGAUCUGUUACGAUGUGACCAUAUUUAUGAACCGCACAUGUUUAAGGCCUCGUUUUGAAGUCAUUCUUAAUGCGAGAUUCACUGUAAAAUAUGAUUCCAGAAAAGACUGCACUACAUCCUGUUCAUGAUCAGAUUUGUUUGUUUUUGGUACCCUUGCCGCCUGCCAUUUGUAUGUGUAAAUAUACCAUGAACCU